GCUAGAAAACAUUGAAAUGACUCUGUCUUCUCGUCAAAACACAAAAGCAGACAAUGAAGAAAUCGUGUUGGAAAUAAAACAAGAGAGAAACAUUUCUGUUUCAGAACAAAAUGACGUGGAUUUUAAGAUUGACAAAAUGUCUACGGAACAAAACCUUGAGUUUCAAAGCAUAAGAAAGGAUUUAAAUGAACAGGAACUCAAAAUGAAAGAACUGAGUAAACUAAUUGAAAGCUUAGCUGAAAGAGAAUCUAAGUCAAACAAAACAAUAGAGAAACUCUCUCUAGACAUAGAAGAAAAUGAAAUGAGCUUACUUAAGUUAAAUGAAAAUAUACAAGUUCUAACAGAGAAGACUGAUAAAAUAGCACAAAAAUUAACACGUCAUUCGGAUUUAAUUUAUGAUUUACAAGAAGCAGAUAAGAAAACUAUUUUAACUACAAAAAACAAAAUUGAUAGUAUAUUUUCUAAGCAAGCCGUGAUGUGUAAAGUCCUACAACAAAGGUUGUCUCCCCUCGACAAAUUGCUUCAAAUGUUGAACCAGAACUCAAAGAGCAGGGAGGAAAAUCUAAAGAAAAUUGAAGCUCUUGAAAAUGAUAUUUUUAGACUCUCACGUGAUAUUCACAAAAUAGCAACCAUUCAACAUGCGAGCCAUUCAACCGUGGGUUUCAUAGCAUCAGGUAGCCAGCUGGACAAACGCAGGGCAGUACAGGGACUCUACACACUAUCAUACACCACGGUUGAACAUAGCAUAGGACACCAUUUUAACCCAACCACUGGAGGAUUUACCGCCCCUGUUGACGGCCUGUACGUGGCGAGUCUGAGAAUAAAACAGACAGGACACGAGACGGUUCAGGGAUGGCUGAUGCACAAAUCUGGAAAAACUGCCUCAUGGUUUGGUCCUGUUGAGACGAAGGGCGAUAUUUACGUGUUUUCAAACACAUUUGUCGUUAGGAUGAAAACUGGCGAUGUGUUGUAUUCACAAAGUGACAGCCUGGGAAUUCAGUGUAGACAGUUUAGUUGUUUCCUUCUUGGUAAUUAA